GUAAACCUCUCCAGCAGCCUCGAGCAGCUCAGGGUUGAGAACAACGAGCUUGACAACAUCGACAAGUCCCUGGCGGAAUGCACGUCACUGACCGUAUUGAAUCUUUCCACGAACAAGAUCCCAUCGCUGCCAUCGGAGUUCGGCCUGCUGAAGAACUUGUACAAGCUCUCCGUCAACCACAACAAGCUGGUCGAGCUCCCUGAGGACAUUGGAGGGUUGGAGGCGCUGGAAUACUGCUGGUUUGAUAACAACUUGCUGACGAGGCUUCCUGAGAGCUUCGGGCUCUUGACGAGGUUGGUUGAGUUGUAUCUUGACAACAACCAUCUCCAUCAGCUUUGCAGCAGCUUCUCCAGUCUCACCUCCUUGCGAGAGCUUUACCUCCACAACAAUCGU